GUCAGGAGACUUCAGGAACAUGGCUUCAUCCUUCCUCUGCCUCAGCCUCCUCUUCAUCAGCCUCAGCACAGCAGGUGGAUUCAUGUAUUAUGAUUUGAUUCGCUGUGUGUUUAACUCCACUGAGGUGAAGGACUUUGAGUAUGUCAGAUCUUGGUAUUGUAACAAGUUGGAGAUCAUCAGGUUCGACAGCAGCGUGGGGAAGUUUGUUGGAUACACUGAGCUGGGAGUGAAGAACGCAGAGCGACUAAACAAAGAUCAGGGACAGCUGGCUGCAUUUAGAUCUCAGAAGGAGGUGUACUGCAAACACAACAUUGGUGUCUGGUACAGCAACAUUCUGUCUAAAUCAGCCUCGCCCACUGUCAAACUUCACUCCAUGACGCCUGUUUCCAGUCAGCAUCCUGCCAUGUUGGUCUGCAGCGUCUAUGACUUCUUUCCCAGUGAGAUCAAAGUGAGCUGGCUGAGAGAUGGACAGGAGCUCAGCUCUGAUGUCACUUCCACUGAGGAGAUGGCAGAUGGUGAUUGGUACUACCAGACCCACUCCCACCUGGAGUACACACCCAGGUCUGGAGAGAAGAUCUCCUGUGUGGUGGAGCACGCCAGCUUGAAGGAACCUCUGAUCACUGACUGGGAUCCCUCCUCGUCCAUGCCUGAGUCAGAGAGGAACAAGCUCGCCAUCGGAGCCUCAGGACUGAUCCUGGGUCUGAUCUUAUCUCUGGCUGGAUUCAUCUACUACAGGAGGAAGGCCCGAGGUCGUAUCCUGGUUCCCACUAACUGAGACUGGUCCUGGUCCUGUUUGUGUCUGAUGUUAUAAAAGCUGCUGCUUCCUGUGUUCAGACUGAUGAUGAUGAUGAUGAUGAUGAUGAUGAUGAUGAUCUCUGUCUGGACUCUGAUCUUGUGCUGGUGUAGAGCUGAUCCAGGACCAUCUCAGUGCUGUUGGUGGUUUUUGUGCAGUUGGCAUGGUCCUGGAUGAGAUUUAAUGUGGACUCUGCUGUUUGAUGCUUUACUGCUUUUGCUGUUCAAUCACAUGUCAUGGAAUCCAUGUAAUAUAAUCCCUGUAAUCCAUGUCUAUGAGUGACUGUCUUCUCUCUUCUUGCCUGAUUCACAUUUACAGAUUUUUACUGAACAUCUUCAAACCAAAAUAAAUGACUCAGACUCUCA